AUGACAAACCAUUUGAGAGAUUUAUAUCAUAUUGAUAGUGCUAUUCCAAAGCAAGCAACUACGAUAAACCUUUACAGCCGCAAUAUAUUGGUGGUUACUGUUCCAGACGAGGUUACAAUACAAAAUGAUCCCGCUCCUAGAGCCAAUUUUACUAUCACUGCUGUGGGCCCAGGAGAGACUGAAAUCAUCAUGAAUACUACUUCUCAAGAAAUUUCAAAUAUAUCUCACAAUUAUAUCAAGGUAGAAGUUAUUCGUUCUCAGACACUAUUGGUGAUUAAUGCAAUUAUUGGAUGGUUAUAUUUCCUUGCUUGGACAAUAUCAUUUUAUCCGCAAGUUCUAGAAAAUUGGCAAAGAAAAAGUGUCAUUGGAUUAAAUUUCGAUCUAGUGGCUUUAAAUCUGAUCGGAUUUUCUGCUUAUGCCGCAUUUAAUAUUAACUUAUUUUGGGUAGAUGAAAUCAAGAAAGAAUAUAAAGCCUUGCACCCUUAUGAAAUAAUUCCUGUAAAAGGCAAUGAUGUAUUCUUUGGUAUUCAUUCCGUUAUUCUGACAAUCUUCUUGAUUCUCCAAUGUAUACGCUAUGAGCGUGGUAAUCAAAAAGUUUCUAGGACCGGCACUAUUUUGGUAUCUGGGUCAACCAUAUUCAUUUUCGUAUCACUGAUACUAGCCAUAGUGGGCAAGAUAUCGUGGCUAAAUUUCUUCUAUUAUUUAUCCUACGUAAAGUUAGGAGUUAAUGUAGUAAAAAACGUGCCACAGGUGUAUUUAAACUAUAAGCGUCAAAGUACCGAAGGAUGGAGUAUAACUGGCGUCUUAUUAGACGUUGUCGGAGGUGUUUUUAGCGUAUUGCAAAUGAUCUUAAUUGCAUAUAAUCAUGAUGACUGGGGAUCAAUGCUUGGAAAUCCGACCAAAUUUGGGCUAGGUGUAUUAUCCAUUGCUUUUGAUGUUAUAUUUAUUAUUCAACAUUAUAUAUUGUAUAAAAGAGAUAAAACCUACGUCACCUUGAUAAAUUCUUAA